UGGAGCGGAGAGUCCGGGGAGACAAGGAGAAGGAGCCGCCGGAGGAGGUCAGAGGGAGGGAGGAGGCGGGAAGAGACGUAUUUAUACCCGGAGAUAGACCCCUCCUCACCGGGCAGGGCUCCUCCUCCUCCUCCCGUGGAGCUCAAGACUUUUAUAAAUCGAUCAGCUGUGAGUCAUCAAUAAAAACAAUGCAGUCCGACCGGUCACACGGUCACGUGACCCGCUCUGAUUGGUCGCUGCUCUGCUAUUGGCCGCUGGCGUGAAUGAGCCUGAACACACCUGAGAGACGUUCGACAGGUGAGGAAGGUUCGACUUGAACAACCCGAGGAAGAAGAGACAGUUUACAGGAUAAAGAGAAGGAGAAGAGGAAGAAGAAGAUGGGUCAGACUCGCUCCUCCACAUGUCCUCAGGUGAUCCUCGUGGGUCUGGACUCUGCUGGGAAGUCGACUCUGCUCGCCCGCCUGCUGACGGGACAGGUGGUGGAAACAUCUCCGACCAUUGGAUUCAAUGUGGGGUCGUGGGACCUGGACAAGAAGACAUCUCUGACUGUGUGGGACGUGGGAGGACAGAAGAGCAUGAGACCAAACUGGAGGUUCUACCUGGACAACUGUAAGGCUCUGGUCUUCGUGGUAGACAGCAGUGAACCCGGUCGCAUGAUGGAGGCCCACAGGUCCCUGAAAAAGGUCCUGAGUGACGACCGCCUACGAGGAGUUCCCCUCAUGGUCCUGGCCAAUAAGAAGGACCUGCCCAACUCAAUGACCAUACGAGAGACUCCUCAGACAGAACCAGGACUGGACCAGCAGCAGGACCGGGACUAGAACCCAGACCCCAUUAAAGAAGACCAGAGAGACAGACAGGUGAGAGGCAGACAGGUGAGAGGCAAACAGGUGAGAGAGUUUGUGUUAAACUCACAGAGCUCAGCCAGAGGACCUUCAGACGUCUGCACCGUCCCAACCAGAGACAUGUAAACAAACGGACCCUCCUGUAAACAAACAACAACAAGCAGAGACCUGUCAACAAACAAAAAACAACGACCAACAGAGACAUGUCAACAAACAACAACAAUCAGAUACCUGUCAUCAAACAACAACAACUGAUUGGUCUUACCAGCGUCAGGUGGACAAUGACAUCAUAAAAGAGCCACAGCAGGAUCCACCUGUCCGUCACAGAGCUCCGCCCACCGAACCUGUGUGUUAGCAGGAUGGCAGCUAACACCUGGAUGCUACAUGCUAACAGAGACAAGAUGGAGACCAGAGAGAGGCCAGGGGGCGCCACUGAGUCCAUCUGCUGCAGGAGGCAGUACUACACUCAGUACUCGCAGUCCUGAGGUAGCAGCAGUACAGCACUCUGCACUGUCAGUAUUCACAGUACAGAGGCAGCAGCAGUACUACGCUCAGUAAACUCAGUACUCACAGUACUGUGAACACACGCUGUGGUAGUAGUACUCUGAUCAGACAGUUACUCAGCACUGUGUGUGUGGACUGACAUCCCAGCCUCCACCCUUCACUCUCUCUAUUGGUCUCUAGGGUAAAGCCCCGCCCCCUGGACUCUCCCAUUGGCUCAUGAAGAGAACACCCCACAGCCUGGCCCUGCCCCCUCCCUCAGAGGUCAGAGGUCAACAGUACAAAGAUUGAGAUACAGAGAUUAGAAUCACAUUAAUGUUUAAUAUUGAAUCAGUUUGAUUUCAACUCAGUUUAUAAUAAUUGUAUCGAUUGAAGGCCGCAGUCCUCUAUUUUGACUGUAGUACUUUUACUUUUAAUGUAAUAUUUUCCGCUCAGGAUACUUUGCUUGAGUUAAGUUUUGAAUGCAGGACUUGUAAUAGAUUACCUGUUGCUAUAGUAACCAACAGUAAAUGUUCACAACAAAUAUUUUAUAUUUAAAUAAAAACUUAUUUAUUCAAGUUUUCAAUCUGAAAAGCUGAGAGAAAAUCAAACGAGACACAAACAUUUUAAUUUUUUUAUUUUAUUGUUUCUGUAAAGGGUUUAGAACCCGAACCCGAAAACAACCAACAGGAAACGAUCUUUGGUUUUUAUCUCACUGACGGUCAACGGAAAAAAAAACAGGCUGACGGAUUUUGGGUAACA